AUGAGGAGUAGCAGAGACUUGCUCCAUGGAGAACAGACGUGGUGUCAGUAUUUUGAAAAGCAAUACAUGAGCCUUGAUGCUCAGAAUGGUUUCCUGCCAGCCGUGGCCGAAGGCAAGGAGGACGGCUCCGUGACGCGCACACGCUCCGGCUCGAUGAGGAUGCGUCGAUCGAAUUCCUCUCGUCCACGCUUCACGGAUUCCCUGGUAGUGCCCUUCUCUGGAAAGGAGGCUCUUCAGGACCGUUUCGUGGUGGAUCCUUGGCGAAGUGAUGAAUGGCAAACCUGUUUGCACGUGGGCACGAUGAACGGCCUCCAGAUUUCCUCUGCGCUUUGGCACUUAGGCCUAAAGCCACCUUGCAGAGCUUCGCAAAGACCUCAAGCCCUUUUUGUGGCAUACGCCCGGCAGCGGCACUUGAAUGAAGAGUGCCAAACUUGGACGGCGAAAAGUGCUAAAAGCAUCAACCUGUCAGUGGUUCGCAUGGCGAAGUUCAGUGGUUUCCAAAGGUCUGGCGAGACCAUGACCAUCAGCCGCUUCUUCAAAGGCAAGUCCAAGAGUAACUCGGGACAGCGGAUCAUCAAAGCUGUGCGCAAGUCGCAGGUUCCCUUCUUCCGGCUCCUGGAACAACACAUCGGAGAUCAGCGCUCCUUCGAUCAUCCGCACGUCUGUCGACUGAUCGACGCCUUUGAAGACGAAGAACAUGUUUACCAAGUCUUUGAGUUCCUCUCGGGUCCCUCCUUGCUGGAGAAGAUCCUUUCAGACACACAGUUCUCGGAGCGCGACGCGGCGGCUGCCACCAAAGCCAUACUGCUGGCGAUUGGUUACCUACACGGUCUGUCGAUUGCGCAUCAGAACGUGCACCUGGAGAACAUGCGCUUUGCCACCCAUCCCCGAAAGAAGGAGUCGGGCUCUUGCUAUUGCGACCAGUUGAAGCUAAUGGACCUGGGAUUGAGUCUGAAUCGAAAGCUGAUCCCGGGCAUCCUCAACGCUGCCUCCCAACCGGCCACCGAAAAUUCCGCCACGCUGCCGCUACUGGCACCACUGGGAAUCCAAAACUCCCUAGGUUCGGUGUGUUUGCCACCCGAGUGCCAAGGGGUCUGUAGCUCCUACGCCCAGCUUGCGACGGCCGCGCCCUGCAUGCUGCGCCGGACCGAUUCCACACAGCUUCACAGGUCUCCUUCCCCGACGUUGCAACGUAAGACCUCCGAGGACUUUGGACAGACCUCCUCCAUCUCAUCGGUGGGACAGGAUUCCUCCUCGCGACGGGCCAAGGAGCUGCUUCUUCUGUUGCAAGCAGGGGAUGUCUGGUCCGCAGGCUGCAUUUUGCACAUUUUGCUCUCCGGGCAGAUCCCAGUGACGGUCGUUGACAGCGACAAGGGCGGCGAUGUGGUGCCGUUUUGCAUGUUACCGGGAUGGAUUGCGAGUCAUGAUCCAACGUCCCCUUUGCGGGGUCAACCGGCUGGUUAG